UUAUGCAUACACUUAUUUUUUAUUUGAACAUUCACUGAACACCUACCGUCAAGAAGCGGGAUGUGUGCCGGGAUUCACAGAUCAGUUCCAUGUACGUAUGGUCACUGCCUCCCGAGAACAGGGCAGCAGUGGGCGAGGCUCUGUUGUGGAGCCCAAGGGAGGGGACACAGAAAGGAAGCCUCUGAGGCAGGCUGGCUGCCCCGCGGCUCUUUCUAUUACACUUAAGUGGCCAUUGCCAAAGCAGCCAGAGCCGCACAUCCCUGCCUCACGUUUGUGUUCCAGUUUGUUGACAUGCUGGGCUGGCGCCUGCAGAUGGCAGAUGGAGUGGACAUCCCCAUCUCAUUCAACCCAGGCAGCAACAGUGUGGUUGCAGAUCUCCAGGAGAUGCCCCCCACAGUCCACAGUGCGUCCUGGGUCGCACCCCCUUCUUACCUGGGGGACAAGGUUUCUUCGUAUGGUGGCUACCUCACUUACCAAGCCAAGUCCUUUGGAUUACCUAGUGACAUGGUUCUUCUGGAGAAGCAGCCAGAUGUGCAGCUCACUGGUCAGCACAUGUCCCUCAUCUACGAGGAGCCAUAUAACCCACGGCCAGACCGGCUGCAUCACGGGCGCGUGCAGUUGGUUGAGGGGAACUUCAGACGCGCCGGCAGCAGAACCCCGGUGUCGCGGCGGGAGCUGCUGACCGUGCUGUCCAGACUGGACGGUUUGCGCGUGCGCGGCCUGCGCUUCACCGAGACGCAGCGGCUCAGCCUGGGCGACGUGGGGCUGGAGGAGGCCUCGGACGCCGGAAGUGGACGUCUAGCACAUCACGUCGAGCUGUGCGCCUGCCCGCCUCACUACACUGGUGACUCGUGUCAGGGUUGUAGCCCUGGAUACUAUCGGGACAACAAAGACUUAUAUACUGGACGGUGUGUUCCCUGCCAUUGCAAUGGACAUUCAAACCGAUGCCAGGAUGGUUCAGGAAUAUGUAUUAACUGUCAGCAUAACACUGCUGGGGAACACUGCGAGCGCUGCAAAGAGGGUCACUAUCGGGAUGCUGUCCAUGGAUCCUGUAGGGUCUGCCCGUGUCCUCAUACCAACAGUUUUGCCACUGGCUGUGUUGGAAAUGGGGAAAACGUGAGGUGCUCCUGCAAACCUGGAUACACGGGAACACAGUGUGAAAGGUGUGCACCAGGAUAUUUCGGGAAUCCGCAGAAAUUUGGAGGUAGCUGCCAACCAUGCAAUUGUAACAGCAAUGGCCAGUUGGGCAGUUGUGACCCCCUGACUGGAGAUUGCAUAAACCAAGAACCCAAAGACAGCGGCCCUGCAGAAGAAUGUGAUGAUUGCGACAGCUGUGUGAUGACACUCCUGGAUGAUCUGGCCACCAUGGGCGAGGAGCUCCGCCUGGUCAAGUCACAGCUGCAGGGCCUGAGUGCCAGCGCAGGUGCUCUGGAGCAGAUGAGGCACAUGGAGACCCAGGCCAAGGACCUGAGGAAUCAGUUGCUCAACUACCGUUCUACCAUUUCAAAUCAUGGAUCAAAAAUGGAUGGCCUGGAAAAAGAGCUGAGUAAUUUGAAUCGUGACUUUGAGACUUUGCAAGAAAAGGCUCAAAUAAAUUCCAGAAAAGCACAAACAUUAUACAACAAUGUGGAUCAGACAACCCAAAGUGCCAAAGAGCUGGACACAAAGAUUAACAAUGUCAUCCGGAAUGUGCAAAUUCUCUUGAAGCAGAUCUCUGGGACAGAUGGAGAAGGAAACAAUGUACCCUCGGGUGACUUUUCCAGAGAGCUGGCUGAAGCCGAACGCAUGAUGAGAGAAUUGCGGAACCGAAACUUUGGAAAGCACCUGAGAGAAGCAGAAGCAGAAAAUAGAGAAGCUCAGCUCUUGCUGAACCGGAUAAGGAGCUGGCUGGAAACCCACCAGGUGGAGAACAAUGGACUUGUUAAGAGUAUACGGGAUUCUUUAAAUGAAUACGAAGCUAAACUCAGUGACCUUCGUGCCGCACUGCAGGAGGCAGCUGCCCAAGCAAAGCAGGCCACUGGCCUCAACCAAGAAAACGAGAGAGCUUUGGGUGCCAUCAAGAGACAAGUGAAGGAAAUAAAUUCCCUGCAGAGUGAUUUCACCAAGUAUCUAACCACUGCAGAUGCUUCUUUACUGCAAACCGACAAUGUGCUGCAGCUGAUGGAAAAAAGCCAGAAGGAAUACGAAAAAUUAGCUGCCAAUUUAAAUGAUGCAAGACAAGAACUAAAUGACAAAGUGAGAGAAGUUUCCAGAUCAGCCAGCAAAGCGUCCCUGGUGGUGGAGGCAGAGAAGCACGCGCAGUCUUUACAGGAGCUGGCGAAGCAGCUGGAAGAGAUCAAGAGAAACGCCAGUGGGGACGAGUUGGUGCGCUGUGCUGUGGACGCUGCCACCGCCUACGAGAACAUCCUCAAUGCCAUAAAAGUGGCCGAGGACGCAGCCAACAAGGCCAGCAGCGCGGCUGAGUCCGCCCACCAGACAGUGAUAAAGGAAAAUCUUCCAAGAAAAGCUAAAACCCUGAGUUCUGACAGUAGCAAACUGUUAAAGGAAGCCAAGACAACACAGAAGAAGCUACAGCAAGAAAUCAGUCCAGCUCUCAAGAACCUACAGCAAACCCUAAAAACAGUGACAGUUCAGAAAGAACUAAUAGACACCAAUCUUACAACUGUCCGUGAUGAUCUUCGUGGGAUAAAGAGAGGUGACAUUGAUGAUAUGAUCAGUAGUGCAAAGAGCAUGGUCAGAAAGGCCAACGACAUCACCAGUGAGGUUCUGGAUGGGCUCAAUCCCAUUCAGACAGAUGUGGAAAGAAUUAAGGAUACCUAUGGGAGCACACAGAGCGAAGACUUCAACAAGGCUCUGACCAGUGCAGAUAACUCAGUGAAGAAAUUAACGAACAGACUGCCUGAUCUUUUAAGCAAGAUUGAAAGCAUCAACCAAAAACUGUUGCCCCUGGGAAACAUCUCUGACAAUGUGGACCGAAUACGAGAACUAAUUCAGCAGGCUAGAGAUGCUGCAAACAAGGUCGCUGUCCCCAUGAGGUUCAACGGUAAAUCUGGAGUCGAAGUCCGACUGCCAAAUGACCUGGAAGAUUUGAAAGGAUAUACAUCUCUGUCUUUGUUUCUGCAAAGACCUGAUUCAAGAGAAAAUGGAGGGACUGAGAAUAUGUUUGUGAUGUACCUCGGAAAUAAAGAUGCCUCCCAGGACUACAUCGGAAUGGCAGUGGUAGACGGCCAGCUCACAUGUGUCUACAAUCUGGGAGAGCGCGAGGCUGAACUCCAAGUGGACCAGACCUUGACUGAGAGUGAAACUCAGGAGGCAGUUAUGGACCGUGUGAAAUUUCAGAGAAUUUAUCAGUUUGCAAGGCUUAAUUACACCAAAGGAGCCACAUCCAGUAAAUCAGAAACACCCCAAUUUCAUGACAUGGAUAGUGGAAAUAGCAAUACACUCCUUAAUUUGGAUCCUGAGAAUGUUGUAUUUUACGUUGGAGGUUACCCAUCUGACUUUAAACUUCCCAGUAGACUAAGAUUCCCUCCAUACAAAGGUUGCAUUGAAUUAGAUGACCUCAAUGAAAAUGUUCUGAGCUUGUACAACUUCAAGAAAACUUUCAAUCUCAACACAACUGAAGUGGAGCCUUGUAGAAGGAGAAAGGAAGAGUCAGACAAAAAUUAUUUUGAAGGCACAGGCUAUGCUCGUGUUCCAACUCAGCCAAAUGCUCCCAUCCCAACCUUUGGACAGACAAUUCAGACCACCGUGGACAGAGGUUUGCUCUUCUUUGCAGAAAACCAGGACCGCUUCAUAUCUCUAGAUAUAGAAGAUGGCAAUAUUGUUGUACGAUACAAACUGAAUUCAGAGCCACCAAAAGAAAAAGGAAUUAGAGAGAUCAUAAACAACGGGAAAGAUCAUUCGAUUCUGAUCAAAAUUGGAAAAGCCCAAAAACUUAUGCGGAUAAAUGUGAAUUCUCAAAACAUUAAAAUCGAAGGUGAAAUAUUUGAUUUUAGUACAUAUUAUCUAGGAGGAAUCCCAAUUGCAAUCAGGGAAAGGUUUAACAUUACUACACCUGCUUUCCGAGGCUGCAUGAAAAAUUUGAAGAAAACCAGUGGUGUUGUUAGAUUGAAUGAUACUGUGGGAGUCACCAAAAAGUGCGCAGAAGACUGGAAGCUUGUGCGAUCUGCCUCCUUCUCCAGAGGAGGACAACUCAGUUUCACUAAUUUGGACUUCCCAAUGCCCAGCCACUUCCAGGCUUCAUUUGGGUUUCAGACAUUUCAGCCCAGUGGCAUAUUAUUAAAUCAUCAGACACGGACAAGUAGCCUGCAGGUCACACUGGAAGAUGGUCACAUUGAAUUGAGCACCAGGGACAGCAGCAGCCCAAUUUUUAAGUCUCCACAGACGUACAUGGAUGGUCUACUGCACUAUGUGUCUGUGAUAAGUGACAACUCUGGACUCCGGCUUCUCAUUGAUGACGGGCCUCUGAGAAACAACCAAAGGCUUCAAGGCUUUGCAAAUUCCCUGCAAUCUCUACGUCUGGGCGGGAGUCAUUUUGAGGGUUGUAUCAGCAAUGUUUUUAUCCAGAGGUUAUCACAGAGUCCUGAAGUCCUAGAUUUGGCUAGUAAAUCUACCAAAAGAGACGUGUCCCUGGGAGAUUGCAGUUUAAACAAACCUCCUUUUCUAAUGUUGCUCAAAGGUUCUACAAGGUUUAACAAGGCCAAGACUUUCAAUAUCAACCAGCUAUUGCAGGACACACCAGUGGCCUUCCCAAGGAGCACGAAGGUGCAGUAUGAUGUACAGGCUUGUCCACCACCUCCUGGGGCCCAGGCCAGGCACAGAGCCCUCCAGUUUGGGGACAGUCCCACUAGCCACCUGCUAUUCAAGCUUCCCCAGGAGUUGCUUAAUCCCAGGUUUGCUGUGGACAUGCAGACGACAUCCUCCAGAGGGCUAGUGUUCUACUCAGGCACUCGGAGCUCCUUCAUGGCUUUGUAUCUUUCCAAAGGACGCCUGGUUUUUACCUUGGGGGCAGAAGGGAAAAAGCUGAGGCUCAAAAGCAAAGAGAAAUGCAGUGACGGCAGGUGGCACACGGUGGCAUUUGGGCAAGAUGGAAAAAAGGGACGCUUGGUUGUGGAUGGUCUCAGGGCCCGGGAGGGAAGUUUGCCUGGAAAUUCCACCAUCAGCAUCAGAGGCUCAGUUUACCUGGGAUCGCCUCCAUCAGCGAAACCAAAGAGCCUCCCCCAAAACAGCUUUGUGGGAUGCCUGAAGAACUUUCAGCUGGACUUAAAACCCUUGGAUACCCCUUCUGCAAGCUUUGGCGUGUCUCCCUGCUUGGGUGGCCCUUUGGAGAAAGGCAUUUAUUUCUCCCAAGAAGGAGGUCAUAUCAUUUUGGCUAACUCUGUGUUGUUGGGGCCAGAAUUCAAGCUUGUUUUCAGCAUUCGCCCAAGAAGUCUCACUGGUAUCCUGAUACACAUUGGAAGUCAACCUGGCAAGCACUUAUGUGUUUAUAUGGAGGCAGGAAAGGUCACGGCUUCUGUGGACAGUGAGGCAGGUGAGACCUUGACGUCGGUCACACCAAAGCAGUCUCUGUGUGAUGGACAGUGGCACUCGGUGGCAGUCACCAUAAACCAACACGUCCUGCACCUGGAACUGGACACAGACAACAGCUACACAGCUGGACGGCUCACCUUCCCACCUGCCAGCACUCAGGAGCCGCUACACCUUGGAGGUGUCCCAGCCAAUUUGAAGAUGAUGAAGCUCCCUGUGUGGAAAUCAUUUUUUGGCUGUCUGAAGAAUAUUCAAGUCAACCACAUCCCUGUCCCUGUCACUGAAGCUGUGGAAGUUGAGGGGUCUGUCAGUCUAAAUGGCUGUCCUGACCACUAAGUCCAGCCUAUUUCCUAGUGAGGAAAUUCACCUUCAAAAGCACUGAUUCCCUGACGCACCUCCCUCCCCACUCAAGAUCAUUCUUCACUCAAGACACCCCCCGGGCGGUUUUAAUAGCAAGUCUGGGUUUGAAGUCUGACCAUGUACACCCAUCAUUUUGGCAUUCGGCGCUACAUAUAUAUUUUAUAUAAAAAUCCCAUUUCUUGAAGAAGAUGAACAAAUUGUUAUUCAGAUAUGCACAAAAUGCUUUGGGUAAUAUUAUUUUCCACUAAAAAUCAAAUGUCUUUUAAAGAACAUUAUUUUCCACUUGUUAAAAAACUAAAUAUGUUUUAAAGCACUUUAAGAAUAGGAAACUUUUACAUAUGUUAAAGCGUUAUAAUUUAUAGGGUUAAAUAAACGCAGUGUACUCUUUAAAGUAUGAUGCUUUACUAGGAUAAAA